UUGCUUUCCAAAGCAUUUUCGAGAUAGAACCGGCAGGAGAAAUCUCUUCCACGGCCCCUACUCCGACCACAGCAACAUGGCUUUGAGGCUUUGCUCUGCCUGGAUUUCCAUCCUCCUCCUCCUGCCCAGCCUCUCGGAUGGAGGGAAGCUCCUGGUGGUGCCCAUGGUGGGAAGCCACUGGCUGAGCAUGCAGGAAGUGGUGGAGAAGCUGAGCGAGAGAGGACACGAGGUGGUGGUGCUGGUUCCUGAGGUGAGCUGGCAGAUGAAGACCACGCAGGCCUACAAGGUGGUCACGCACCCGGUGAGCCAGCCCCUGGAAGAGCUGGAUAAUGCCUUCCAGGAAUACGUCGCCGUGCACCUGACUCCAAAGCCUUUCCCCCUCAAUGCCCUGGCGUUGUUCAACGCCUCUGUGCAUGUUUUCAGCACCUUCUUUGGGCAAUGCAAGGACCUGUUCCGCAGCCAGGAGACCCUGAAGUUCCUCAACCAAAGCGGCUUUGAUGCCAUCCUGACAGAUCCUCUCUUCAUGUGUGGGCCCAUCCUGGCCCAUCAUCUCUCUCUUCCCUUUGUGUUCUUCAUGAGGGGAUUUGGUUGCAACCUUCACUUUGCAGCCCCACAGUGCCCAAGCCCUCUGUCCUACAUCCCAAGGCUCUUCAGCUUCAACUCAGACCACAUGACUUUUUUCCAGAGGGUUGAAAACACCCUGAUUUCCCUCCUGGAGCUUGAUUACUGCAACAUUUACUAUGCAGAAGCACUUAAGCUUUCCUCAGAAGUUCUUCAGAGGGAUGUGUCUCUGAUGGACCUUGUGAAUUCUGCUGCCAUUUGGAUCCUGAGGUUUGACUUUGUGUUUGAGUACGUCAGGCCAGUGAUGCCCAACAUGGUCUUUGUUGGGGGGAUCAACUGUGCUAAGAAGAAACCACUGCCUAAGCGAGUGAAGAAUCUGCUCUUUGACAUCCCAGAUGGUUUCCUCUGUGAUUUUGCCUUUGGACCCUACUCAAAACUGGCUUCAGAGUUCCUGCAGCGGGAGGUGACUGUGCUGGAUCUCUUACGGAAGGGCUCUGUUUGGCUCCUGAGGUUAGAUUUUGUACUCGACUACCCAAGGCCUUUGAUGCCCAACAUCAUUCCAAUUGGUGGAGUAAACUGUGCUCACAAGGAGCUGCCUCAGGCAGUUGUUCCUUCUGCCUUUGAAAUGGUACUCAGAUGA